AUGGUUCUGAUCAAACCUCCUCUCAAGGCACUUGUCAGUGCCGGAGUCCUUAGGGAGACGUUAUCCGAAACUGAUCUUGGGGAGACGUAUUCCGAAAGUGAUCUUGUGGGGAUGUUCUCCGAAACUGAGCUUGCCGAAUUGGAUCCUGCCAACGCGACCUUGAUCGCAGCUAUGCUAAAGGAUGAGAAGCCAGACUGUGAGCGUCUCGGACAUCGAGUAGAUGAAGAUCCAAGAUGGGACUUUGAGACUGCUCACCUUGCAAAAUGCGAGUGUUGGAAAAGCCUUGCGCUUAAGAAGUGUCGAGUGACGAUCCCCAAUGACCAUAUAUUCAACGAGCGAAACAGGCAACAUAAGCCUCAAUGGUGCGGCAAGAGCGUAUACGACGAAACUCCCCGGUGGUCGAGCGCUAAAUCGGGGCGUACCUGCAUCUCGGACCAUAUGAAUGUUGCCCGAAUCCAAUGGAAUAACGGCAUAGGAACACCUACGUCGAAAAUCAAGCAGGGUUUCGACAAGGGCACAUGUUACCAGUUCAAAGACGUCCCAUGCGUGGGCGUAAAGAAACCGAGCACUGAUUAG